GUGUACUCUGUUGGAGUCUCAAGCUGAAGCGAAGUUUCAGUAUUUUACCAAGUUGAGCAAAUUAGCAAUCAUGAUAUUUGCGAUAAACGAGUAAAUCAAAAUUUGCACCCCCUUAGGGGUGGAAUUUCCAAAAAUGCCCACACCAUGCAUUUCUCAUUUGUUAACCGAAAAAGAAAAAAAGAGAAAAUCUUGAUCGUAAUCUAGAUGUAUACCUUUUUGACACCCAUGUCAAAAAAAAAACAAAUUUUUUCUUGUCAACGUGUCAGUCGUCCGGUAUGUGAAUCAAAAUUCGUCGAAAAUGCGAAAUCAGCGAAAUUCAAUUCCGGUGCCAACACACCCCGUGCGUAGUUCCCCCAGGGCUUUGGCCCGAGUCCCCUCUCAGCGAAAAUCCAGCAGUUCCCAAACGGAGCGCGUCGUCCUCAUCAAGGAAGAAAAUCUCACUUUCUACCCUUGUACGCGAUUGGGGCAAAACGACGGAGGGAUGCGCCGAGACUACGUCAAAGCAGUGAAUUACAUCAACUCAUGCCACAAAUUUGUUAACGCCAUAAUCGAGAAAAACAACUCUGGUAAUAAAACCGCAACUUUCCUCCUGCCCCUAACCACCAAUUACCUCCCGCUGUUCCCUUACCUCAUCGGCAAAAAGCCGCCAAAGAAGGAGGAAAUCAAGCCGCUGCGCAAAACCGUUGAGCGCCAAACGGCGAAAAAGCCCCCUCCCGAGCCCCAAAUCCCCGUCGGGGAUUGCGAGGAAAUCCCGCAACCGCAGCAAUACGCGAGUCACGUGGCCGACAUGGUCAAGGAUCAAAUACACAGUUUUCUCAACCAUUUGCACGAGGAUAUGAACAAAGCGGUGCGAAAAACCAAGAGUGAGACCCCGAAGUGCAAAAAUCUAGAUAUUGUGAAACAAAGGCUCGAAGAGUUGUCGAAGAUCUGCAGUUUGCAGAAAAAAAUCGAAAGUAAAUCGCAAAUUGUGGCCCAGGGGACUCCCCCCAAGCCGCCAUCUUUGCCACCGCCAUUGUGCGAGCGCUUGGAUGCGGGUAGCGACAUCUCGGAGGGGGAGAGCGACGAGAAAUUGUCGCAAAAAAUGAAAAUUACGUGCUAUAAGGAAAGUCCCGAUAUUUCGGACUCUUCGGAUAUCAAGUCCGAUUCGGACCUGGAAGCGUUUUUGUAAAUUUCGUAAAGUUUGUACACACAAUGAAUUCUCUAAUAAAUUUAAAAUUACGCAAAAA